AAAAUCGUUUAUCGACGAACAAAAUCGAUGCAAGGUUUGUUCACUUCUGCCAAUGUUUACUUUAAGGCCUCUGCGGAGAAAUUCCUACUUCCACCUGUGAGAGCGUCGGACGUCAAUAAAAAGUGCCUUAUCAUCGACCUCGAUGAAACGCUAGUUCAUUCUUCGUUCAAGCCAGUAAAAAACCCGGACUUUGUUAUUCCCGUAGAGAUCGACGGCGUAGUACAUCAGGUGUACGUUUUGAAACGACCAUACGUGGACGAGUUUCUCGCUCGAAUUGGUGAUCGCUACGAAUGUGUCUUGUUCACCGCAAGCCUCGCAAAGUACGCCGAUCCAGUUGCUGAUCUUCUUGAUAAGUGUGGAGUGUUUCGAUCUCGAUUGUUUAGGGAGGCAUGCGUCUAUCACAAAGGAAAUUACGUCAAGGAUUUGGCAAAACUUGGCAGGGAUCUGAAUAAAGUAUUGAUAAUUGACAACUCACCUGCUAGUUAUGCUUUUCAUCCUGAAAAUGCGAUUCCGGUGCCGACGUGGUGGGAUGAUCCAUCGGAUGUUGAGCUGCUCGAUAUUCUGCCACUUCUUGAGCGUCUUGAGAAGGCCGAUUCGAUCUAUGAAGUGCUGAAACACGUAGAUCAGCAAUCGCAGCCGUUCCUUGACCGAACGCAAUAA